GGGGGCAAACAAGCGGUCAGCUGACUUCACGGGACUGCGGCGUCAUCCCGGCUAUAAGCGCGCGACCUUUAUCAUACAGCUUCGCUCUUGCCGGGCCGCCGCUACCAUGCAGACCCCCGGCUUCUUGCUGCUCGCCCUCGGCCUCCUGGCCGCGUCCGCCUCCGCACUUAUCAGAAUCCCCCUGCACAAGUUCACGUCUCUCCGUCGGGCCAUGACAGAGGUGGGCGGCUCUGUGGAAGACCUGAUCCUUAAGGGUCCCAUAACCAAGUACUCCAUGGAGUCACCUGCCGAGACCAAGGAACCAGUGUCAGAGAUACUCAAAAACUACCUGGAUGCCCAGUACUAUGGCGAGAUCGGCAUCGGGACCCCCCCACAGUGUUUCACAGUCGUCUUCGAUACCGGCUCCUCUAACCUGUGGGUCCCCUCCAUUCAUUGCAAGCUGCUGGACUUAGCCUGCUGGAUUCAUCACAAGUACAACAGUGGCAAAUCCAGCACCUUUGUGAAGAACGGCACCUCCUUUGACAUCCACUACGGCUCAGGUAGCCUCUCAGGGUACCUGAGUCAGGACACAGUGUCGGUGCCGUGCAAGUCUGAGCAACCAGGGGGUCUCAAGGUGGAGAAACAGAUCUUUGGAGAAGCCACCAAGCAGCCUGGAAUCACAUUCAUCGCAGCCAAGUUUGAUGGCAUCUUGGGCAUGGCAUACCCUCGUAUCUCUGUCAACAAUGUGCUUCCAGUCUUCGACAAUCUGAUGCAACAGAAGCUGGUGGACAAGAACAUCUUCUCCUUCUACCUGAACAGGGAUCCCAGCGGGCAACCUGGAGGGGAACUGAUGAUUGGUGGCAUUGACUCAAAGUACUACGAGGGGGAGCUGUCCUACCUGAAUGUCACCCGCAGGGCCUACUGGCAGGUGCACAUGGACCAGUUGGAUGUGGCCAGUGGCCUGACACUGUGCAAGGGAGGCUGUGAGGCUAUUGUGGACACAGGGACGUCCCUUCUGGUGGGGCCUGUGGACGAGGUGAGGGAGCUGCAGAAGGCCAUUGGAGCAGUACCUCUUAUCCAGGGCGAGUACAUGAUUCCUUGUGAGAAGGUAUCCAGCCUGCCCUCUGUCACCCUGAAGCUAGGAGGCAAAAACUAUGAACUGUCCCCAAACAAGUACAUACUCAAGGUGUCGCAGGGUGGAAAGACGAUCUGCCUGAGUGGCUUCAUGGGCAUGGACAUCCCCCCUCCCAGUGGGCCUCUCUGGAUCCUAGGCGAUGUCUUCAUUGGCACCUACUACACUGUGUUUGACAGAGACAACAAUAGGGUGGGCUUUGCCAAGGCUGCCACACUCUAGCUUGCCCCUUGCCCACCGGCAGGGAAACGGAUCAGAGUCCAGUAGAGGAAGCCAGCCAGCCCCAUCUUUCUACCUGCCCCGCUCACACACACUCACACUCGGCCUGGCAUUGCCGGGCCCUUGGGAGGCCUGGCUGGCACUGGUCCAGCUGUUCUGUUCUGUGGUUCUGUCCCUGGGUUCAGAAAAUGCUAUCCUCUGCCUGUCUGAAGAAGGCCAAGGCCCACCCAGUAUACAGGCUGCCUUGAAAGGCCCCUACUGGUUUGGUAGCUUGCCUUGUCCUGCUUCCGUUUUCUGCGGACGGGCGGGCGGCAUUCCAAAGUAGGCAAACGGGUCUCCUAGAAACCUUACCUGACCCAGGUCCCUCACCCAGCCUGGGGAUGACCAGGCUCCACUGCCCCACUGUCUGUAUCCUGGCCUGACAGAGGCCUGAAGACCAGCAGGAAGGAGCAAGAGGACAGAAGCAAAAGCUAUGAACCUGGGGUGUUACCUGGGGCCUGACCCCACCCACCCUGGAAAGCAUGCUUUAGCCCGGGGCAGAGGAAGGAUGGCUGACUGGUUUUGGCUGGCCUCUGCUGUGUUCGUUUUGGGCUAAGCAGCUGGGAGCCAAAGUUGUUAUACAAAUACAGUUGUUUUGGGCCUCUU